AUGGUCAAGAAAAAUUUAUUUCAAAAGCUGACUCACCCCAUCCGCCUGCUCCUGGAAUACACAGACUCAAGUUAUGAGGAGAAGAGAUAUACUUUGGGGGACGCUCCUGACUAUGACAGAAGUCAGUGGCUGAAUGAAAAAUUCAAGCUGGUCCUGGACUUUCCCAAUCUGCCCUACUUGACUGAUGGGACUCACAGGAUCACCCAGAGCAACGCCAUCCUGCGCUACAUUGCCCGCAAGCACAACCUGUGUGGGGAAACAGAAGAGGAGAAGAUUCGUGUGGACAUUUUGGAGAACCAGGCUAUGGAUACUCGAACGCAGCUUGGUAGGCUUUGCUACAACUUUGACUUUGAAAAACUGAAACCCAAGUACUUGGAAGGCCUCCCUAAGACGAUGAAGCUGUUCUCACAGUUCCUGGGGAAACGGCCAUGGUUCGCAGGGGACAAGAUCACCUUUGUGGAUUUCCUCGCUUAUGAUAUUCUUGACCAGCACCGUCUGUUUGAACCCAAGUGCCUCGACGCAUUCCCAAACCUGAAGGACUUCAUGUCCCGCUUUGAGAGCCUGAGGAAGUUCUCUGCCUACAUGAAGUCCAGCCGCUUCCUCCCAAGACCUGUUUUUGCAAAGAUGGCCUAUUGGAAUACAAAAUAGUGAACUGUCA